CGCGCAUCAUCCUGAGCGCUGCGCGCUCCCGAGCAGACAGAGAUCUGGAGGACGAGCGGGACCGGGACCUUCUGGAGACGUGGACCGGGCCGAGACCCGAACCCGGACCUGGACCCGGACCUGGACCCGGACCCGGACCUGGACCCGGAUCAGACGAGCUCCAGCUGGGAUGUCCUGAGCGCUGCGUCCCGGAUGGAGGUCUGAUGGGACCGGCUGCCCCACCAUGAGCCUCCCGGAUGGCAGCUGCAGCGGCAGCAGCAGCUGCAGCGGCAGCAUGCGGCGGCGCCUGGAGGACCAGGAGUUCUCCCUGCGGGUUUACCCGGGCGCUCUGUCCGAGGGAACCAUCUACUGCCCCGUGGGCGCCCGCAAGAACACCACGGCGGCCGAGGCCAUCGAGCAGCUGAUCCGCCGGCUGCGCCUGGACCGCAGCACCUGCUACGUCCUGGCGGAGGUCAAGGAGUUCGGCGGCGAGGAGUGGAUCCUGAACCCGGGCGACUGCCCCGUGCAGCGCAUGAUGCUGUGGCCCCGCAGCGCCCUGGAGGACCGCGGCGGCGGCGGCGCGGCGGCUAGCGGCGAGGACUACCGCUUCCUGCUGCGCGAGAAGAACCUGGACGGCUCCAUCCACUAUGGCGGCAGCCUGCAGAUGUGGCUGCGCGUCACCGAGGAGCGCCGCCGCAUGGUGGAGCGGGGUUUCCUGCCCCAGCCCGCAGGGACCGACCCCCCGACGGACCUGUGCGCGCUGCCGGACCUGACGGAGCGCUCGCUCCUGGAGAACCUCCGGGCCCGGUUCCGGCAGGAGAAGAUCUACACGUACAUCGGGAGCAUCCUGAUCGUCAUCAACCCCUUCCAGUUCCUGCCCGUGUACAACCCCAAGUACGUGAAGCUGUACGACAACCACACGCUGGGGCAGCUGGAGCCGCACAUCUACGCCGUGGCCGACGUGGCGUACCACGCCAUGCUGCGCCGCCGCCGCAACCAGUGCGUGGUCAUCUCCGGGGAGAGCGGCUCGGGCAAGACGCAGAGCACCAACUUCCUCAUCCACCACCUGACGGCGCUCAGCCAGAAAGGUUUCGCCAGCGGCGUGGAGCAGAUCAUCCUGGGGGCGGGGCCGGUGCUGGAGGCCUUCGGAAACGCCAAGACGGCUCACAACGACAACUCCAGCCGCUUCGGGAAGUUCAUCCAGGUGAACUACCAGGAGACGGGAACGGUCCGAGGAGCCUACGUGGAGAAGUAUCUGCUGGAGAAAUCCCGCCUGGUCUACCAGGAACCCAACGAGCGGAACUACCACGUGUUCUACUACCUGCUGGCCGGAGCCACUGAGGACGAGAAGAAGAACUUCCACCUGCUCAGCCCUGAGGAGUACCACUACCUGAACCAGAUGACGAAGAGACCUCCCAGAAUGCACUGGGGCAGCAACGAUGACGAUGAUCUGGACUGCUUCAGCGUGGAAGGAGAAGACCUGAAACACGACUUUGAGCGGCUGCAGCUGGCGAUGGAGAUGGUCGGCUUCCUGCCCGCCACGCGCAAACAGAUCUUCUCGCUCCUGUCGGCCAUCCUCCACCUGGGGAACAUCCGCUACCGAAAGAAGACGUACCGCGACGAUUCCAUCGACAUCUGCAACCUGGAGGUGCUGCCCAUCGUGUCCGAGCUGCUGGAGGUGAAGGAGGAGAUGCUGCUGGAAGCUCUGACCACCAGGAAGACGGUGACCGUCGGCGAGAAGCUCAUCGUCCCCUACAAGCUCUCUGAGGCAGGAACGGUGAGGGACUCCAUGGCCAAGUCGCUGUACAGCGCUCUGUUUGACUGGAUCGUGUUCAGGACCAACCACGCCCUGCUCAACCACAAGGACCUGGAGGACAACUCCAAGAUCUUGUCCAUCGGGGUCCUGGACAUCUUCGGCUUCGAGGAUUACGAGAACAACAGCUUCGAGCAGUUCUGCAUCAACUUCGCCAACGAGCGGCUGCAGCAUUACUUCACCCAGCACAUCUUCAAGCUGGAGCAGGAAGAAUACCAGGCCGAGGGCAUCAGCUGGCUCACCAUCGACUACAUCGACAACAGCAGCUGCCUGAACCUGAUCAGCAAGAAACCCACGGCUCUGUUCCACCUGCUGGAUGAGGAGUGCAACUUCCCCCAGGCCUCCAACCAGACCCUGCUGGACAAGUUCAAGCGGCAGCACGAAGGCAACGGCUACAUCGACUUCCCCGCCGUCAUGGAGCCGGCCUUCAUCAUCCGGCACUACGCAGGGAAGGUCAAGUACGGCGUCAAGGACUUCCGGGAGAAGAACACGGACCACAUGCGUCCCGACAUCGUCGCGCUGCUGAAGAGCAGCAGGAAGGCCUUCGUCUGCGGCCUGAUGGGAAUCGACCCGGUGGCCACGUUCCGCUGGGCCGUCCUGCGGGCGUACUUCAGGGCCCUGGUGGCCUUCAGGGAGGCGGGACGCCGACACCGAAACAAGACCACCGGAAACAACGCAGCUGCUCAGGGUUCUGCCGUCAAAGCGGCCGACAGCUUCAGCUUCCUGCACCACCCGGUUCACCAGCGGAGCCUGGAGAUCCUCCAGAGAUGCAAAGAUGAGAAACACAGUAUCUCCAGGAGGAAUCCCCGCUCCCCUCUGUCGGACCUGCAGGGCACCAACGCGCUGAACGACCGGGCCAGCCGGGACGGCGGCGGCGCUGGACGUAGCGCUCGCGGCGCCAGGUCAGGCCACGCCCCCUCGCCGGGAGGCUCCGCCCUGGAAGAAGACGGCAUCUUCCUGAACUCGGCCAACAGCAAGCUGCUGGAGAGAGCGCAGGGCAUCCUACUGAGGAAUAAAAACUCCAAGAGCAAACUGAUGCUUCCCAAGAACCUGCUGAACGUGAAGACGCUGCGCUACCUGAGCGGCGUGACGCUCCACGACCGGAUCACCAAGUCCCUCCUUCACCUGCACAAGAAGAAGAAGCCGCCCAGCAUCAGCGCCCAGUUCCAGGCGUCUCUCAACAAGCUGAUGGAAACUCUGGACCAAUCAGAGCCGUACUUCGUCAAGUGUAUCCGCUCCAACGCUGAGAAGCUGCCGAUGCGCUUCAGCGACGCGCUGGUUCUCCGCCAGCUCCGCUACACCGGGAUGCUGGAGACGGUCCGGAUCCGCCAGUCGGGAUACCGAGUCAAGUUCACCUUCCAGGAGUUUGUGCGGCAGUUCCAGGUGCUGCUGCCGCGAGGAACCGCCGCCUCCAGGGCCGGAGUCAGGGACUUCUUCAGGCUGGUUCACCUGCCGCCCGCCGGGUACCAGGUGGGAGGAACCAAGGUGUUCCUGCGAGAGGCGGAGCGUCAGCGCCUGCAGAGCCUCCUCCACCAGGAAGUUCUGCGGAGGAUCGUCCUGCUGCAGCGACGCUUCAGGGCCGUCCUGGAGAGGAAGCACUUCCUCAGCAUGAGGCUAGCAGCAUGUAGCAUCCAGCGAUGGUGGCGCCUGUGUCUCCUGAAGCCGUCCACCUCAGACGCCGGCGUGGCAGCGGCGGCGGUGCGCCUGCAGGCGGCCUGGAGGGCCUUCAGGGAGCGCAGGAAGUUCCUGCGGUGGCUGGCGGCGGCCCUGGUCCUGCAGAGGAGCUGGAGGAGGCGCUGCCGCCGCAGAUCCAAGGCGGCUACCGCCAUCCAGGCGGCCUGGAGCGGGUUCAGAGAGAGGAGGCGGUACCACCGGACCCUCGGGGCGGUGACCCGGCUGCAGGCCGCGGCCAGGGGACACCUGACCCGACUCAGGUUUGGAGAGCUGAAGGAGCAGCACCGGAGCCUCCACAGGGAACCGGCUGCAGAGCUGGAUCCGGGGACCUGCGAGGACCUGGAACCACCGGAACAGGAAGUGAACUCUGAACCCUGUUCGGAGCCCGAGGUGGUCCUGCCAGAUCCCUCCGAGGCGGCGGCGGGGGACGCAGAACGAUGCGCCGGCGCAGACGAACCGAGCCAUAAGAGCCGGUCGAAGCGGGAGAGCCGCCGGAUGCGGGAGCUGGAGCAGGCCCAGUUCAGCCUGGACCUGCUCCGGGUCCGGACCUGCAGCGUGGGGGGUGCCCCCUCGGCGGGGCGGGCCCCCGACGGCGGCACCGGUCCGGGGGACGGGCAGCAGGGUCGGGGGUCUGCAGAGAACAUGGAGACUGAAGGUCCUGAAGGUCCUGGAGGUCCUGGAGAUUCUGAAGGUCCUGAAGGUCCUGAAGGUCCCGGAGGUUCUGAAGGUCCUGAAGGUCCUGGAGGUCCUGGAGGUCCUGAAGGUCCUGAAGGUCCUGGAGGUCCUGAAGGUCCUGAAGGUCCUGGAGGUCCUGAAGGUCCUGAAGGUCCUGAAGGUCCUGGAGGUCCUGAAGGUUCUGAAGGUCCUGUACCCGACGCUCCCCAGGAACUAAACCGAUCCGUGGAGGUUCUCAGAGACUCCAACCACAACGAGAAGAGCGUGACGGAGCUGCAGGACCGGACGGAGGAGCCUCGGGCCACGUUUUAUAUUCCCUCUGACCAAAGUCCCCUUCACGAACCCAGGCCCGGGAGGAGGAGGAGGGAGUCCGGGUCCCGCCGGCCCGUGGUGGUUCUGAUCAGCAUGCAGAAGGAGAGUCCUGUGGAAGAGGGGGAGCUGCUGGCGGCCCGACCCCUCCGACCCGUCCCUCCGGGGGGGGAAACCGGGUCCCAGGGGGCCCCCCUUGCUGCUCUGGAUGUGCGACCUUUGGGAACUUCUACCCAGGAAAAGAGAGACAUAUCUGGGCUGGACGAGUCUUUGGCUCACGCUCACGGAGGAACUGACCAGGACGUCCUCCGGCAGGAGUCCAGCGUUCCCACAGCGGUUCCCACAGUGGUUCCCACAGCGGUUCCCACAGCGGUUCCCACAGCGGUUCCCACAGCGGUUCCCACGGCGGUUCCCGGUGUCCGGGACUCCAGACGUCCCCAGGCCCAGCAGAAGAGCUCCACCCACACUGUGACCGUAAACAUGGUGGAGAAACCGUCCAACAGCAUCUUCUCACCGCCCCGGAGGAAGCUGCCCUUCUCCAAGUCAGAUAAGGAUCUGGUGAACCAGGAGAGAUCGCUAUCUCUGUCCCUGCACAGAGGAGAGACCAGACCUGCUGGAUCCAGAACCAGAGCGGUAGGAUGGACCCGCCCCAUAAAGAAAGCCCGAAUGUCCCGGAGACGCUCCGACUUCCUGAGCCGCUGUAACGCCGAGGGCUCGGCCCAGUCCGACGACGACGACUACUACGUCCCCGCCCACUCCUGCACUCUGCCCCCCUCCCUGCCCCCCCCACGGCCUGAGGCCGGCUGUCACAGCGACUCUGAGAUGUCGUCCCAGAAGGAGCAGAAGAAGAUCCAGAAGACCAUGUCGUCCGGAGACCUGGGGAAGCUGGAGACGCUGGGGAAGAGCUCCGGUCCGGACGGAAGGAGAGGAAAGAUGCGGUUUUGGAGUAAAACAAAACCCGGUGACAAGAAAGUGUGGAAAGAGAAGACAAGUGAUGCUGAGGAGAAGCUCGGUAACGGCCCGUCCCCCCCCCAGAGUCCAGACCUGGACCCGUCCUCCCGGGGGGUCCAGGACGGCCGGGAGAACCGGCGGCGGCGCAGCGUGAAGAUCAGCGGCGUGGCCUCUGAGCACGCUCAGUGGCAGAACGACGGCCUGCACAUCCUCACCUCCACACACGACUACCGCUGCAUGAACGACUUCCUCAUGAAGAAGAUCUCCGACCUGGACUCUGAGGACGGGCUGAGGGACACGGUGGUGGACCUGGUCUUCAAGAAGUCCCUGAAGGAGUUCCGGGUCCACAUCUUCAACUCCUACUCCACCGCGCUGGCGAUGGAUGAUGGGAGGAGCGUCCGCUACAAGGACCUGUACUCCCUGUUCGAGCUCAUCCUGGAGAAGAGCAUGCGUCUGGAGCAGCGGGACUGGGCCGAGUCCCCGGUCCGGGUCUGGGUCAACACCUUCAAGGUUUUCCUGGACGAGUUCCUGACGGAGCACAAGCCCUCGGAGGGAACGGUGGGCCGGGCGCCGAAACGUGAGCGGAAGAAGUCGAGGAAGAAGGAGUCCGACAUUGUGGAGGAGCGCCACGGACACGUCUUCAAGUCCACCCAGUACAGCAUCCCCACCUACUGCGAGUUCUGCUCCUCUCUCAUCUGGAUGAUGGACCGGGCCUGUGUCUGCAAACUGUGUCGCUACGCCUGUCACAGGAAGUGCUGCUCCAGGAUGACCAGCACCUGCAGUAAGAAGUACGACCCGGAGACGUCGUCCCGGCAGUUCGGCGUGGAGCUGAGCCGCCUGAGCAGCGAGGAGCGGUCGGUGCCCCCCCUGGUGGAGAAGCUGAUCAACUACAUCGAGAUGCACGGCCUCUACACCGAGGGAAUCUACAGGAAGUCCGGCUCCACCAACAAGAUCAAGGAGCUGCGGCAGGGCCUGGACACGGACGUGAGCACGGUGAACCUGGACGAUUACAACAUCCACGUCAUCGCCAGCGUGUUCAAGCAGUGGCUCCGCGACCUUCCCAGUCCCCUGAUGACCUUCGAGCUGUACGAGGAGUUCCUCAGGGCCAUGGGUCAGCCGGAGAAGCGGGAGGUGGUCCAGUGGGUUUACUCCGUCAUCGAGCAGCUGAGCCGGACUCACCUGAGCACGCUGGAGCGGCUGGUGUUCCACCUGGUCAGGAUCGCCCUGCAGGAGGAAACCAACCGCAUGUCGGCUAACGCCAUCGCCAUCGUCUUCGCCCCCUGUAUCCUGCGCUGCCCCGACUCCACCGACCCGCUGCAGAGCGUCCAGGACAUCAGCAAGACCACGGCGGUUGUGGAGCUGCUCAUCAGCGAGCAGAUGAUCAAGUACCGAGCUCGUCUCAAGGACGUCAGCAGCCUGGAGUUCGCCGAGAGCAAAGCCAAGACCCGGCUGAGCCUCAUCAGGAAGACCCGAGCCGGCCCCGUCGGCCCCGUCGGCUCCGGGGCCCCCCCCACCCCGGGCCCCGCAGCGCCCCCCCUGGCGGAGGCAGGAACUGCAGAGGUGGGCGGAGCAGAGGAGGCGUUGGGGGCGGGGCUUGUGGCCCUGACGCAGGAGGAGCGAAUCCUCACCGAGCAGAUCGAGAGUCUGCAGAAAGAGAAGGAGGAGCUGACCUACGAGAUGCUGGUCCUGGAGCCGCGGGCGUCGGACGACGACACGCCCGAGUCGGAGGCUUCCUUCAGCACGGACAGCUUUGAGAACAUCACCAUGGAAACGGAGGGAGCCGCCCCCGAUCCUGCUGACCACGUCCCGUACCGACCCAGGAAGUCGGACCUGAAGACUCGCCGGGCUCUGAGCCGCCAGCCCGACUCUCAGGACUCGACGGACUCGGCCUCCCCGGCCUGCUCCUCCUACCACCCCCCCAGCACCUCAGGGCCCCCGUCCCCCCACUACCGGCUCCGCUCCUCCUCGUCCGGGCCCCUGCUCACCUCCUGCGGCCCGGGGGCGGAGCCCGGGAACGGGAAGCCCCGCCUCCUCCGGCUCCGGCUGAGCCGCAGCUCGCCGCGCGAGUCCUCGGGGAGCCGCCACCGGCUCCGCGAGGCCGGAGACUUCGGCUCGGGGCCGCAGCAGCUGGUUCUGUACGGCAGCAACGAGUUCAUGGUCUGACGGGGGGAGGGGCCCGGCAGAUUUGGGGGAGUGGCCUCCAGAAAGCCCCGCCCCCAAAAACCAGCUCCCGGACGAGCCCCGGGAGAAAAGAACAGAAACGGCCGCAGGUCGGAGAGCCCGGCGGGCCGAACCCGACCGCAGUGUUGAGCCGCGGUUUGUAAUAAAGGUCCAAAAUGUAAUAACUUUGUCCUUUCAUUUAGUAAUAAACUGCUGCAUGUUGUAAUAAACUACCACAACGCAGUUUGUAAUACAUUUUGCCGCAUUAUGUAAUAAGUUAUUACAUUUUGAGAAGAUUAUUACAAAAUGCACUUGCAACUUUUUUAUUCUCUAGAAAAUCCAUUCAUCCAACCAUACAUCCAUCCAUCAUUCAUCCAUCAUCCAUCCAUCCAUCCAUCUUUCAUCCAUCCAUCGUCCAUCUUUCAUCCAUCCAUCCAUUGUCAUUUCAUGUUGUAAUAAACUGCCCCAGCGCAUUUUGUAAUACAUUUUGCUGCAUUAUGUAAUAAGUUAUUACGUUUUGAGAAGAUUAUUACAAAAUGCACUUGCAACUUUUUUAUUCUCUAGAAAAUGUAAUAACAUUGUGCAUUAUUUAAUAACAAUUCUAAAGCAUAGUUUAUCUGUUUGUUAUUGGCCUAUAUAAUUGCAAACUUCAAAUAGGAAACUAAAGUUAUAUCUGCAGUUUUAUACAUAGAUUUAUUGGCUACAUAGCUCGAAGGGGAAUUGCAUAAAACACAACAAAAGUCACUCUUGUAUAAAUUCAUUGUUAAACAACAAUAAUAGGUAUUAUUACAUAAUGUUAUUACAUUUCCUAGAAAAUAAAAAAAGUUUCAAGUGCAUUUUAUAAUCUUCUCAAAAUGCAAUAAUUUAUUACAUAAUGUGGCAAAAUGUAUUACAAAAUGCGGCUUUAUUACAAAAUGAAAUGAAAAGGUUAUUACAUUUUGGAGGUUUAUUACCAAAUGCGGCUGAACAGCGGCCCGUCUGUGGUCUGAAUCCACGCAGAACAAAUGUAGCCAUGCAGAUGGAACCGGAACCGGACCGGAACCAGAACUGAGCCGCUUUCACGUUUACACGAGGCUUCGCAUCUCACCUGCUGCACAUCAGGUACCAGAGACAUCUCACCUGCUGCACAUCAGGUACCAGAGACGUCUCACCUGCUGCACAUCAGGUACCAGAGACGUCUCACCUGCUGCACAUCAGGUACCAGAGACAUCUCACCUGCUGCACAUCAGGUACCAGAGACGUCUCACCUGCUGCACAUCAGGUACCAGAGACGUCUCACCUGCUGCACAUCAGGUACCAGAGACAUCUCACCUGCUGCACAUCAGGUACCAGAGACGUCUCACCUGCUGCACAUCAGGUACCAGAGACGUCUCACCUGCUGCACAUCAGGUACCAGAGACGUCUCACCUGCUGCACAUCAGGUACCAGAGACGUCUCACCUGCUGCACAUCAGGUACCAGAGACGUGCAGCUCGGUCCGUGGACUUCGCGGCCAUCCGUUUUAGAAAGAAAGAAAGAAAUAAUCCAAAAUAAUCCGUUUCCCAUCUUUUGUUUUGAUAAUAAAAAACGGAAAACAGAUUGUUAUCCGUUAUCCGUUAUCCAAUUUCAUUGAAGUUUUUAAAAUCGAAAUUGGGAAUAGAAACAGCGAGUGGAAAACUCUUUUUUCUAUUUCCUAUUCGUUUCCAAGGAUACUGAAAACAAGGAUUGGAAAAAUGGGGGGAUUGCACAUGCGCAGUAAUAAAUGAAGAAAGUUGUUUCUGGUUCUUUUGUUGAUCAGAUUGAAAAUUAACAGUUUUAGAUUUUUUUAAUGUUGAAACAGAAAAUAAAUCAAAUAUGAAACAUGAGUUUAAUCUGUAAUCUGUCUUCACUCCGUCAUGAAACUGCAGUGAUGUUGUGACAGUCCGUUCAGCUGCAGCGUCCAAUCAAUAAUCAAUAACAUGGACUGAACUCUAACAUACUGGAAACCAAUAGGAAAUAGAGAAAAGAGUUUUCCACUCGCUGUUUUAAUUCCCAAUUUCGAUUUUCAAACAUCAAUGAAAUCGGAUAAUGGAUAACGGUUAACGGAUAAUGGAUAACGAUCCGUUUUCCAUUUUUUAUUAUCAAAACAAAAGAUGGGAAAAGGAUUAUUUUGGAUUAUUUCUCUAUUUUUAUUUUGUCAUUUCAAAACAAAAAAUGGAUGGCCGCGAAAUACACGGACCCAGCUCCGUCCAGAGACGUGCAGCUCCGUCCGUCCUCACUGUCGUCGUCGUCGUUGUUGUUGCUGUUGUUGUUGUUGUUGCUCUACCGGGUCGUUGGCCGGGCCGAUGAUCGGGUCGAUGAUCGGAUCAUUGACCGAGUCCAUGACCAGGUCCAGAACCCCCCGUCACCCCGGAGGUGUCCAGCGUGAAACCAGAAGUGUUACUGCAUCAUGACUUGAAUUUUUUUAUAUAUUGUUGUUCAAUCGGUGUCGUUAUUGAUUAAAACUAUGAUUCUGUU